CACUAUGCAAUUUGUGCCAUUCGCGCUGUCAUCGGUGUGGGACAUGGAAUAGAGGAGGCUCGCGCUUGCAUCAAUUGUCACGGACCUUACUCGGCCAUGGCGCAGCACAGGCGUUUACUGCCAUUGAUUUACGCCUUGACAGUGCUACAUGCAAUCUUGUAUGAUGGAGUUCUGGGCGCAGCGGCGAGCGCAAGGAUUGCCGCUGUUGGCGCAAGCAGCAGUGGCGCAACCGCAAUCACCAGGGUCUCAAGAAAGCUGACGCAAGAUGGUGAAAUCAAAGGAACUAUCGACGCACAGCUCGACCCGAAUGGCGCCUUUUCACUCACGAGCGCUGAACAAGCCCGCCUACUUGCCGCUGGCAACUGCACGGAGAUUUAUACAGAGAGAAAUUUCCCACUUGUCGCCAAGGGCUGGAGUGGCCUGGGCAUGGUGGCUGUGUCGCGCGGCCCCGUCAUCGACGGCGUCACGCACAUGCGCAUCGUGGUCGACGUCUCGCUCACCUCGGGAUUGUACAUUGCGCAGCCCUCUAACCCGGACGGUCACAACAUUCGUUUUGCCCUGGCUGGCAAGUUGCCGCUCACGUGUGAGUCCUCGGAGUACUACCACGCGGGUGUGUUUGUGGACCCAGCAACAGCAGGCCAGCAGGCGACGCAGGCGAUGCAGAACAUGACACAGGACGCAUCCUCUCCACCGAAUUCGACAUCGUCAUCGUCCUUGUCAUCGAGCUCCGGUGCCAUCCUCAGCAUCAGCGCACACGUGCCACUGCCUGCCGCCGUGUUCAACUGCGGCGGCGCUUCUACAUUAACUGCGUUCCUGCGUGUGCUCUUCCUGCGCGUGGAUAUCGACCUGUCUGACCAGCCUCAAGGCCCGACUACGCUGAUUGUCACGGCGGGCGACCCCCGUGACUUUGUGGUUCCGGAACCAUCAUGUCCCUACAACGUCAUACGUGCCAUCUGCAAUCCUGAGGCUUGUGCGCAGGAGCAGGCAGCCGCAGCAGCGGCGGCGCCAGCAGCCGCGGGAGCGGCGGACAACGGCACGGUCGCUCACAGCCACGGCGGCGCAGCCGACCCAAUGACUCCUGCAGCAUCACCCGCACCCAGCAGCAGCGGCAAUGACAGAUUGACCGGAAUGCCUACCGAAAGCACUGGGACAGCCACCGGUGCCACGGGUGCUGCAGAUCUCGGCACUGCUGCUGCCAACAGCCAGGGCAGUGACCCGACGCUGGCGGCAGCUAUCACCACUACCACAACGACUGAUGAUGGCGCCGCCGUCGGCGGUGGCGGGGCCGGCACCGGCGCCGGCGCUGUGGCGGCAGCCGGAGCUGCUGCCAGCGGUGGCUCCGGUAGCGGCGGCGGCGGCAACAGCAGCACACCCACGAUUGCGGUGGCUGUGGGUGCGGCGGUGGGCGGCGCGGCUCUGCUGGCACUGGUGGUGGGUGGAACCGUCUACCUCCGCAAGCGCAAGCGCAACGCCGGCAGUGGCGUCAGCGCCGCCUCCAGUGCCACUGACAGCGGCGCUGCGGCAUUGCGCCACCGGCGUCACGGCGACGCGUCCCCCAGUGGCAGCUCAAGCGGCCGUUCUUCCUCUUCAAACAUUUCCCCGCUUUCCAUCUCGCCAUCAGCUGACGCGCUGCCCCUGGCAACCCGUGCAGCGCCGGCAGCCGACCAUUCGCCGCCGCCAGCGGUGUCCGUGCUUGUGAUGGACGCCCCUGCCACUGCCUGCGGCAGCCCCCCGCCGGCUCCGGCCACCUCAAGCGCCCCUGUCAAGAAGCAGCGGACGUUCUUUGGCAGCUUCUGGACCUCCCCACGGAAUGCCGCCGCCAGUAGUGCCAUCAGCCGCACGGCACCGGCGCCGGCAUCCGUGGACAUGCCUGCGUCGCUCACUCGCGCGAGCGGCAGCGGCCAGCAGACUCGCGCCGGCAGCCCCAACCAGCUGCUGGCGUCCCUUCCCUCACUGCCACGCGCGCUCCCGUCGGGUGCCGCCACAGCAGCCGGCGGCGGCGCCGCCGCCGCGUCUAGCGCGGCCAGCCUGGGUGCCGGCGCCGCUGCAUCGCCCAUGUUCCAAUACGUAAACCCGGCAUAUGCUGGGGCAGCUGCAGCCAUGCCGCCGCCUGCGGCGCUUUCAACACGCGCCGAUGACAUGCUGGCGACCGGCCCAGCCGCUGGAGUCGAGCCAGACGGCGGCGAUAGUGCCGGUGUUGCCGGCGGCAUCGCGGCGGCUACGCCGCCCGGCGCAAAACUAGCCGGCGGCGCGGCCAUGGGGCGGGGGCGGGCUACUGCCGGCACUGCUGCUGCAAAGAAGGCUACUGCGUACGCCGUGAUGGCGGCGGGUGAGGAUGAGGGCGCGGCGGCGGCGGAAGCAGCGGCGGCGGCGGCGGGCGGCGGCAAGGCCGGCCGUGUUGCCGGCGGUGGGCGCUUUGCGGCAAUGGCCGGCAGCUGCUUCGGGGGCCGGCCGCUCAACGAGUUGGACGAUGGGGAUGAAUACCUAGACGACGCAGCAGCGCUGGCGGCGGGGAGAGCGGUCGCGGCGGCGGCGGCGGGUUUGGAUGAUGACGGGACGUCUCUGCCCAUGCCACCUCGUUGCGGCAAGCCCCGCUCCCCAGCUCCCGCCGCGCUGCCGCUCAGGAAUGCCCCCGAUCCUGAUGCUGGCAUGGAUGAUGCGCCGGCGGCGGUGGGCGCAGCUGCUAAAGGUGGCUGCUUCGAUGACGACGCGGCAUCAGUGGUGAGCUUUGCCGACGCUCCCAAAAUGCUGGGCUGCAUUCCCACCAGCCUGCCUACCACCAGUACCGCCGCGCGGCCGCUGCUUUCCUCCUCGGCCGUGGCGCGCCAGCCGCGCUCCGAUGCGGCAGCUCUGCCGGGCCCCGGCCGCCGCACAGACGCUUCGGCUGUAGCCGCAGUUCCUGCUGCUGAGGCUGAGGGUGCGUCGGCUGCGGAAGGCAGCUCCAGCCCAAGCGUGCCGAGGCCCGGCUCACUGGCAGGAAUGGCGCCAGAGGUGGCAAUGAUCCUGGCGGAUGAGGAGGAGGAGGAGGGCCAAGGCAAGCAUGGGGGCCGGCGGCCAUGGAAGUGGUGGCGGCCCGCCCCGUCGCCUGCCGCUGGUGUGACGGCUGGGCGCCGCGCGUGAUCUGGCGGGGCGGGCGGUGAUACGGCAAGCACCGGGUCUGCUGUGAUGAGGCAGGUGGUAGUGUGGCACUAGGGGGCACGAGUGUGCGCCUAGGGGUGGCAGACGUGCAGGAGCUUGAAGGGCGUGCAUGGGAUGCGUUUAUGAGCCAGAGCCUGGGUCUUAAAUAGCAGCGGAGCUUUUACGUUUUGAUAAAGUUACGGUUUGAACAGGGCAGAUGAUGCAAGCAUGCAGCAUGCACAUUCAAGUGUCUGAAAUUGGGCCUCAACUUGCAUAUGUACAUAAGAAGGUGAGGGAGGCCCGCUGCAGCAUCUCAAUGAUCUAUCUCAAUGAUCGUUCGCUUCCGACCUGACGUUGACGUGCAUCAUCAUCCUGGUUGCUUACUUGAUUGGAUGACGUGACUCCAGGUAGCUGGUUUGCUAUGGAUGGCGUUGACGUCUGCGUGUUCGAGGCCCCAGCAGCCCUGGAAACAGAAUAAGCCCGGUCGGGCUGCGAUGUUUCUGCAAGCUUGUCCACGUGCCUUUGGUUGCCUUCGAGGCACGCCGUGCUGGAUGUGUGGCCAUUUGCAGCAGUGCUUGGGCAUUGGCACGGGAGUAUUUCCUUCCAACUUGCAUGUUAGCUUGCACAGUUUACCUCUUCUCGCUGAUAGAGAGAAACAAUACCUUAGUUGUACCCGUGCGGCUGUGCGUACGGUGUGCAGGCUCACAGGCUGGUAGCGCGUGAGUCCAUGCUACAAGUUUUGACACGGCUGCACGGGAUGGCGUUGCAAUCAGGCAGCAGGUCCGUGGGGUGCGGUGGGACAGGGUAACGGGCAGGUUGGCGCAGUCCCGUAGUGUGCAGCGUAUUCCCAGAGCCCAACAUUCAAAUUGCAAGUUCAAGGCAAGAUUGCGCGGCCGGUGCACCGAGACAUCGCUGACUUGCUGGCAGGCUGGUAGUUUGCUGACGCGCAUUGCCGCAUUCCUCACGCUCCGGGCGCCCGGCCAGGCGAUAGAAUCAGACACACACUCACACCGCAACGCCACACUCGUGAAGCAGAGGUGCAGUGCACCUGGAGGUAGGUGCUUAGCGUCCAUGGAUGAACCAAGGACACUC